UGUCGCUAUCGUGUAUUAUAUGCGGAGGCGGCGAGAGCGAGAGUCGACUGCGUGGUACAACUCUCAGGAUCAUCAUCGCUUUAUUUGGCUAAAAAACGAAACGUCGAGUCAAUAGACGCCGGACAACGGUUCGUCAAGUUAGUCAUCCAAGUUUCUUCCAGCCGAAAUGCAGGAAAUGCCGAUCGGAUUGACGCUUUUACUGCUGGGGGCAGUGGGUGUGCAAUGCAUGUACCCAUCCAGCUCGGAUGUGGUGGACCUGACCCCCAAUAAUUUCGACAACAAAGUCAUCAACAGUGAUAGCAUUUGGAUUGUUGAGUUCUAUGCACCCUGGUGCGGACACUGUCAGCAAUUGAAGCCCGAGUAUGAAAAGGCUGCGACUGCUCUCAAGGGUAUCGUGAAAGUCGGUGGCGUGAACGCCGACGACCACAAGUCCUUGGGCAGCAAAUUUAACGUGCGUGGAUUCCCAACCAUCAAAAUAUUUGGCGCCGACAAAAACAAGCCCGAAGACUACAAUGGAGCGCGAACAGCUCAAGGUCUCGUUGAUGCUGCAUUGAAGGCAGCCUCUGAAAAGGCUAGAAGCACCCUAAGUGGCAAGAAGAGCAGCAGUGGAGGCUCAAAGUCUGAAGGUUCUAAGGACUCCAAGGAUGUUAUUGAAUUGACAGAUGAGAACUUUGACAAGCUGGUUCUGAAUUCGGAGGACAUGUGGCUGGUUGAGUUCUUUGCUCCAUGGUGUGGACAUUGCAAGAACUUGGCUCCUCAGUGGGCUAGUGCUGCUUCUGAGCUCAAGGGCAAGGUCAAGCUUGGUGCUCUUGAUGCUACUGUGCACACUAUCAAGGCUAGCCAGUACGAGAUCCGGGGCUACCCAACCAUCAAGUACUUUGCCCCAGGAAAGAAGGACUCUGACUCAGUGUCUGACUAUGAUGGUGGUCGUAUCAGCAGCGAUAUUGUUACAUGGGCUCUUGAUAAGCUUGCCGAGAACGUUCCUGCUCCCGAACUUACGCAGAUCAUCAACGAGAAGAGUCUCAAGAAAGCAUGCGAGGAUAAACCUCUUUGCAUCGUUUCGGUGCUGCCACACAUUCUCGACUGCCAGUCUGACUGCAGAAAUGAUUACCUCAAGAUUCUUACUACUCUUGGUGAGAAGUUUAAGAAGAAGAUGUGGGGAUGGGUCUGGGCUGAGGCUGGAGCUCAACCACAUAUCGAAGAAGCUCUGGAGAUUGGCGGUUUCGGUUACCCCGCUCUGGCGGCUGUCAACAUUAAGAAGAUGAAGUAUUCGCUGCUGAAGGGUAGCUUCUCGCAGGACGGAAUCAACGAAUUCCUACGUGAUCUGAGCUAUGGCCGCGGUGGUACUGCUCCACUCAAGGGUACUGAAUUGCCGAAGAUCUACGAGACCGAACCUUGGGAUGGCAAGGAUGCCGAGCCACCACAGGAAGAGGACAUUGAUCUCAGCGACGUCGACCUCGAUGAAAAGGACGAGUUGUAAAGAGUUCAAGUACACACACAGACUGAUUUUUUGUAAUUCAGCGUUUGAUUAUCAUAGCCUUCUCUCUGCCCUGCUUUUCUCGAGCGUGCGUGUAAUUGCUGAAGAAAAGAUUUGUGAAAGUGACUUGUAAUUUUUUUGACAAGACACAAGCGUAUAAAAUAAGAAUCUUAAAUUGCAUUUACGUUUCACAUUUCUUUCCUUCGGCAAAUGAUCGGAUAGUGAACGCGAAAGAGAAAGCAUAAUAUCAGAAGUAUAUGUAGUCUGUGAAUUAAACAUCCAUAACUAGAUGUAUAACUCAUUAUAAAAAACAUCCAACAAACGUGAUCACAUGUCGAUAGCGUAAACAUAACUUUUAAGUCGAGUGGCGUAAGGAUGAAAAGUGCAUCGAGCUGCAUUUCUUUCAAUAAUGAUGAAAAAAAAAAGAUCUGUUUACAUAAAUGUCUAGUAAAAAUAUGGAUCUUGGAACAUUUUUUAAUCGACAUUCCGUUUUCUCGUGAAGAUCAUUUUUUCUCUUAACGACCACUAUUGUCUAUUUUUAUACUGAUUGCGGCAUUGUAACUUUCUAGCUAACAGCGUUUACUUUAAAAAAAAAGAGAGAAACGAGCGAUUAUUGAUAUGGAAAAAUUAUAUAUUUAUUACAUAUCACAUAAAUACACAAUAGCAGUGAGUUGAGUUUGCUGAUAUUGAUCAUAUGUUGGUUUGAAAGAUUUUUUCUAGCUUUUUUUAUAAACGUUUGAGUAAAGUUAUUGUUGAAUUAAUUCAAAUGAAAUGUAUACAGUGAUAAUAUACUAAGUGUGAAACCUUUGAGACAAAAGUAUUUGUACAUACGUUUAUCGAUGUCAAUCAAAGUAUUUAUCAUUUUCUUAAGUUUAUUGUCUUCCAGCGAACUCUAACUAUCAUGAGAAUACUUAAAAUGGGCGAAAAAUAUAAUGCAACGGAAUUAGACAGGUUGUUAACCAAUGUAAUGAUAUUAUUUGUCAUUUUAUUAAACAUGAGUUUCCCGUAAAAA